AUGUGUUUUUGUUGUGAACGUCUGGAACAUGUGUUCUUAAAUGAUGAGUCUAUUUUGAUAUGGUUUUCUGGGAAAGAGGAAAAACACCUUAGACUAAGUCAUGUCACCAGAAUUGUAUCAGGGCAGCGAACUCCAAUCUUUCAAAGGUAUCCACGUCCCGAGAAGGAAUACCAAUCGUUUUCACUAAUAUACAGCGAUAGAUCUCUGGAUUUGAUAUGUAAGGACAAGGAUGAAGCUGAAGUAUGGUUUAGUGGGCUUAAAGCAUUAAUAUCACGUGGGCAUCAGAGAAAUUGGAGAACAGAAUCAAGGAGUGAUGAAAUCCCAUCUGAAGCUAAUAGUCCCAGGACAUACACACAAAGAAGCUCCCCUUUACAUUCUCCUUUUGGUAGUGGAAAUAGCUCACAGAAGGAAACCAUUGAUCAACUUAGUCUUCAUAGUCCAUUCGGAAGCCCUCCAAAGGCAUUAUCUUUCCCAGAUAUGGCUCCAUACAAGGUCCCACUCCCACCCAAAGGCUUCUUCCCUCCCGUUUCCAACGGGUCCUUCCACUCACCAUCAUCCGGUGGGUCCGACACCAUGCACACUCAUUUCAACCGAAUGGGUGUAGACGCCUUCCGCGUAAGCCUCUCAAGUGCCGUAAGCUCCUCAAGCCAAGGCUCCGGCCACGACGACGGGGAUGCCAUGGGCGACGUUUUCAUCUGGGGCGAAAUCACCGGAGACGUCUGCGGACCCCACAAAUCCGGUACCAAAACCGAUUCCUUAUUACCCAAACCUCUAGAAUCCGCAGUAGUCCUCGAUGUCCAAAACAUCGCGUGUGGCGGCCGCCACGCCGCGCUAGUCACAAAACAAGGCGAAAUCUUUUCAUGGGGCGAAGAAUUAGGCGGUCGUUUAGGACAUGGAAUCGAUUCAAACGUCCUGCAUCCCAAACUCAUCGAUGCCCUUAGUAACACAAACAUCGAGUUAGUGGCAUGUGGGGAGUAUCACACAUGUGCAGUUACCUUAUCCGGUGACCUCUACACAUGGGGGGAAGGGCAUUUCGGGAUACUCGGACAUGACAAUGAAGUUUCACACUGGGUUCCGAAAAGGGUAAAUGGGUCAUUAGAGGGUAUCCAUGUGUCCUCCAUUUCUUGCGGGCCGUGGCAUACUGCGGUGGUGACCUCCGCGGGUCAACUUUUUACUUUUGGAGACGGGACUUUCGGGGUGUUAGGACACGGGGAUAAGAAAAGUGUUUUGAAACCUAAAGAAGUUGAGUCGCUUAAAGGGUUGAGAACUGUAAGGGCGGCUUGUGGUGCGUGGCAUACUGCUGCUAUUGUUGAAAUUAUGGUUGGGAAUUCGAGUUCUAGUAAUUGUUCUUCCGGGAAGCUUUUUACAUGGGGUGAUGGGGAUAAAGGUCGAUUAGGGCACGGGGAUAAAGAAACUAAACUAGUUCCCACUUGUGUUGCUGCCCUUGUGGACCCGAAUUUUUGCCAGGUGGCAUGUGGGCAUAGCAUGACACUCGCACUCGCAACUUCCGGGCAUGUUUACGCGAUGGGCAGUCCGGUUUACGGGCAGCUCGGGAACCCGAAUGCUGACGGGAAGCUGCCCGCUCGUAUUGAAGGUAAACUUUUAAAAUCUUUUGUGGAGGAAAUCGCUUGUGGGGCCCAUCAUGUUGCGGUUUUGACUUCGAGGACGGAGGUUUACACAUGGGGGAAAGGGGCGAAUGGGCGAUUAGGUCAUGGAGAUACAGAUGAUAGAAAUUACCCGACUUUAGUUGAAGCUUUGAAAGAUAAACAAGUGAAAGGGAUUGCUUGUGGGACAAAUUUUACUGCAGCUAUAUGUCUUCAUAAAUGGGUGUCUGGAGUUGAUCAGUCUAUGUGUUCUGGGUGUCGCCUUCCGUUUAAUUUCAAAAGAAAGCGACAUAAUUGUUACAAUUGUGGUCUUGUUUUUUGUCAUUCUUGUAGUAGCAAGAAGUCACUAAGGGCAUCCAUGGCACCUAACCCGAAUAAACCCUAUCGGGUUUGUGAUAAUUGUGUUAAUAAAUUGAAAAAAGCUAUCGAAACCGAUGCCUCUUCAGUGUCUUCCGUGAGAAGAGCGAGUAUAAACCCUAACGAGCAAAAUGAUAAAGAUGAUAGGUCAGAAUUACGAUCUCGCCCUCGGCUCGCGAGGUUUGCUUCUAUGGAAGCGAUGAAACCGUUGGAAAGUUAUUCUUCAAAGAGGAAUAAGAAACUAGAGUUUAGUAGCAGUCGUGUUUCGCCUAUUCCUUCCGGAAGCUCUCAAUGGGGAGGGAUUAAUAUUUCUAAAUCUUUUAAUCCGGUUUUUGGGUCUUCUAAAAAGUUUUUUUCCGCUUCUGUCCCUGGUUCAAGAAUGGUGUCUCGGGCAACUUCUCCGGUGUCGAGGCGGGCCAGCCCACCUCGGUCCACCACCCCAACACCAACUUUGGCCGGAUUAUCUUCACCAAAGAUCAUUGUGGAUGAUGCUAAAAGGACAAAUGAUAACCUCAAUCAAGAAGUAACUAAACUAAGAGCACAGGUUGAAAGUCUAACCCGAAAAGCCAAACUUCAAGAGGUUGAGCUGGAAAGAACUUCUAAACAGCUGAAGGAGGCAAUAGCAAUUGCAGGGGAUGAAAGCUCAAAAUGCAAGGCUGCAAAAGAAGUCAUCAAAUCACUUACAGCACAACUGAAAGACAUGGCAGAAAGGCUACCAGUAGGAACUACAAGAGACAUAAGAUCUCCUUCCUUCACUUCUUUCGGAUCCAAUCUUUCUUUCAAUGAUGUCUUAAUAAACUCCUCAGUUGACCAGCCUAAUGGUCAAACUCAAACACCAGCAUAUAAAAACACUCAGUUGGUAUUAAAUGGAUCAAGUUCCAUCAUAAACAGAACAGCUGUUUCAGAAGCAACAGCAGCAAGAAAUGGUGGCAGAAGUGAUGAUGAAUGGGUUGAGCAAGAUGAACCUGGUGUUUAUAUUACGCUUACGUCCUUGCCUGGAGGUAUUAAAGAUCUUAAACGAGUCCGCUUCAGUCGAAAGCGAUUCAGUGAGAAACAAGCGGAGCAAUGGUGGGCCGAGAACCGUGCGAGAGUUUAUCAACAAUAUAAUGUUCGAUUGGCUGAUAAAUCAAGUGUAGGUGUCGCAAGUGAUGACUUGGCACAGUGACAUGUAGAAACAUCAUCGUAUGUAAAUGAAUUUUCCUAAUUCGAUUUGUUGGGUUUUCGCCACGUCAUCUCCCGUCCGUUAAAUUGUUUCCUGUUUUUUCGGGGUUGAUGAUGUCGAUGAAUAUGUAAAUUCAUUGUAGGUUUUCUAGCUGUUCUUGAAAGCUGAUACCGUGUAUAUUCAUAGUUUCUUUUGGGUUUCGGUUAUUAGCUUUGAAAGUUGUAUACCUUGAAAAAAAAUCUUGCUGAUUGGUUGUAGUUUGCUAUCGUCUAAUAUUCACUUG